AUGAAUCUAUCUAACUGCAGCACGGAGUGGAGCGACCUCUUCCAUACCGUCACCACAGUGUACUUGUCCAUCCUCCUGGUGCUGGGCACUGCCCUGAAUGCCCUGGCCCUGUGGGUGUUCUGCUACCGCAUGAGGAGAUGGACGGAGAUGCGGGUGUACAUGACUAACCUGGCUGGGGCCGACUGCUGCCUGUUGCUGAGCCUGCCCGUGGUCCUGUACACGAUGAGCAGGGAUCCCUGGGAAGGCGGCUUCCUGUGUACGGUUUCCCAGAGCAUUUACCUGAUCAAUGGUUACAUGAGCAUCUCCAUCAUCACCGCCAUUGCCAUGGAUCGUUACGCUGCCAUCCAGUAUCCUCUGUGGGCCAGGACGUGGCGUUCCCCCCAGCAGGCUGCUGGGACCUGUGCCUUUCUCUGGCUGCUGGUCAUUGGCUUGGUUUCUUUACCUGCUGUCUGGAAGCAAGAUGGCAAGAGUUUUUGCUUUGGGAAGAGUCAGACUCGGAGCACCAGGGCCAUUGUUUCCUCCCUGGUCCUGUUCUUCAUCCCUCUCAUGAUUCUUGUUUUCUGUUCUGUGCGGGUACUCCAGAACCUGGUCAGGAAAAAGGCACAGGUGCCCACCCAAGAUAGAAGGCUGUUCCACAAGGCCCACUAUGUGGUUUUAGCUAAUCUGAUCAUCUUCAUGGUCUGCUUCCUCCCACAGCAUGUGGCUCUGUUGGCCAAGCUUGUGACUGAGUAUAUAGGGGCCUCCUGCCCUAUUGUUCAGUAUGUCACAAUUUCUAUAAGGGUGGCCUCCCGCCUUGCCAAUGCCAACUGCUGCUUGGAUGCCUUGGGCUACUAUUUUGUGGUUCAGGAGAUCCAGGAAGAAUUAGGGAUGUUUUUAGCUAUGCCUAAGUUCCUCCAGAGUCAGACUCCAGGCAGCCCAGGUUCUGACUACCCAGAUCUACCUGAGAGAGAAAUGGAGGUAGCUUUGUAG